UCCGCAUAUUGGCUGAGCACCCCUCUCUGCAUUGGGAUAUUUUGGCAAGGUAUAGGCCUACUUUGUAUUCACAUCCACGUUUGACGUUUCAUCCAGCUGUGUGCGUGUGUGUGGAUGAUGCUCGAGCAUACAGCGGGUCCAGGGCCGCUCCAGUGCCGCACUCACACUGAACCCUCGCCGCGCGCACCAGCUGACGUGUUUUGCGCAUUUCCUGCAGCAGCCUUCAGACACACAGUCGGGAGAAAAAGAGGCAGGUCUGCAGGAAACCGAGUACACACAUACAAAACCGAUCCUGAGAGACCCACAACAGUACGGAACCCUUGAAAACCACCAUUCUCCUAUCUAUCUGGUGUGAAUGUAAAGACGCUUUGCGGGGAAAACUUUCCUCGCGUUACGCGGAGGAGACCUGGCUGGACAGACGCAUCCCCCGUGCUCCAGCCAGAAGAGGGGAACACGGGAGAGGUUCGUGGGUCAACAGAAGGACUUCGAGCAUUGGUUUCUGGCUAAUUUUAAGGUGUGGAAUGCUAUCUGACCGUUUUACCCCCAACUUACAUUGCUCAUUGUCGCCUGGGGGUUCGGGGAGCUUCAACAGCAGGGUGUUCACAGAAUACAGCAACAGAUUCCCUGACAUUGUCUGGACCUUCUUGAGAAUAACGUUACACUUUGAAUGCGAAGAAGGGCAUUUACAAGAACACACAACCAGCAGCGGACUACUAGUUAAAUAAUUAACUAGGCGCUGAAGCGGAAUAUUGUUGGAAAAGUGGCUGACUCUGUAACGCCAUGGUGGUUUUCAACGGUCUGUUGAAGAUCAAGAUCUGCGAGGCUCUGGACCUGAAGCCCACAGCCUGGUCUCUGAGACACGCCGUCGGACCCAAGACGCAGACCUUUCUGCUGGACACCUACAUAGCCCUGAACGUGGACGAUUUUCGCGUGGGUCAGACCUCGACCAAGCAGAGGACGAACAGUCCCGCCUGGCACGAUGAGUUUGUGACGGAGGUGCACGACGGCCGCAAGAUCGAACUGUCCGUGUUCCACGACGCGCCGAUUGGAUACGACGAUUUUGUGGCCAACUGCACCAUUCAGUUCGAGGAAUUGCUGCAUAACGACAGCAAACACUUCGAGGACUGGAUAGACUUGGAGCCAGAGGGAAAGGUCUUUGUUAUUAUUGACUUGUCUGGAUCAUCCAGUGAAGUAAGAAGCUGUGAGAAUGAGGAGCGCGUGUUUCGUGAGCGCAUGCGUCCCAGGAAGAGGCAGGGUGCUGUCCGGAGAAGGGUGCAUCAGGUCAAUGGACACAAGUUCAUGGCCACAUACCUGAGACAGCCCACCUACUGCUCUCACUGCCGUGACUUUAUCUGGGGCGUAUUAGGAAAGCAGGGUUAUCAGUGCCAAGUGUGCACCUGUGUGGUUCAUAAACGUUGUCAUGAGCUGAUCAUCACUAAAUGUGCAGGCCUAAAGAAACAGGAUGACACCACAGAAGAGGUGGGCUCCCAGCGCUUCAGCGUCAACAUGCCUCAUAAGUUUAGUAUUCACAACUACAAAGUCCUGACGUUCUGUGAUCACUGCGGUUCAUUGCUGUGGGGUCUGCUGCGACAAGGGCUUCAAUGUAAAGUUUGUAAGAUGAAUGUUCACAAACGUUGCCAAAGCAAUGUAGCUCCUAACUGUGGGGUAGACGCCAGGGGCAUCGCUAAGGUGCUGUCUGACCUUGGAGUCACUCCGGAUAAACUCUCCGGCAGCGUACAGAGGAGAAAAAGGAUCUCUCAGGGUCCAGAACCAAAUCCUUUACCCAUAUCCCCAGAGAUAGAAGAAGAUCGAUCCAAAUCGGCACCCAGCUCACCAUGUGAUCAGGACAUAAAUGAUCUGGAGAACAUCAGGAAGGCGCUGUCGUUUGACCAUCGAGGUGAAGAGCUGAAGACGGACCUGUGCUCCUCACUAAAUGAUGAAAUCUCUAACGAAUCAGAGGAGAAGAGAGAGAACGGAGAACUGAGGACGGCUGAGGUCAAACGGAUGAGUCUGAAUGAUUUCUCCUUCAUCAAAGUGCUCGGGAAAGGAAGCUUCGGCAAGGUGAUGUUGGCUGAGUUAAGGGGUACAGAUGAGGUUUUCGCAGUGAAAGUUUUGAAGAAAGACGUCAUUCUGCAGGAUGAUGAUGUCGACUGCACAAUGACUGAGAAACGCAUCCUAGCUCUGGCCAGAAAACACCCUUACCUGACCCAACUCUUCUGCUGCUUUCAGACAAAGGAUCGUUUAUUCUUUGUCAUGGAAUAUGUCAACGGUGGAGACCUGAUGUUCCAGAUCCAGCGUUCCCGGAAAUUCGAUGAAGCUCGUUCACGGUUUUACGCUGCGGAGGUGACGUCGGCUCUCAUGUUCCUGCACCAAAACGGAGUCAUUUACAGGGAUUUGAAACUAGACAACAUUUUGCUGGAUGCAGAAGGUCACUGUAAGCUGGCAGAUUUUGGCAUGUGUAAGGAGGGAAUUCUGGACGGCAUCACAACCACAACAUUCUGUGGCACACCAGAUUAUAUUGCACCCGAGAUCUUGCAGGAGCUGGAGUACGGCCCAUCAGUGGAUUGGUGGGCUUUAGGUGUGCUGAUGUACGAGAUGAUGGCUGGUCAACCUCCAUUUGAAGCAGAUAAUGAGGAUGACCUCUUUGAGUCUAUUCUCCAUGACGACGUCCUUUAUCCAAUCUGGCUCAGCAAAGAUGCUGUCAGCAUUCUUAAAGCGUUCAUGACAAAGAGCCCCAGUAAGCGGCUGGGUUGCGUUGUGUCUCAAGGACUGGAGGAAGCUAUUAAACUUCAUCCGUUCUUCAAAGAGAUUGACUGGGUACUGCUGGAACAGAGGAAGAUCAAGCCGCCGUUCAAACCACGCAUUAAAACCAAAAGGGACGUCAAUAAUUUUGACCAGGACUUUACCCGUGAGGAACCAGUGCUCACGCCAGUUGAGGACACCAUUAUUAAACAGAUCAACCAGGAUGAGUUCAAAGGCUUCUCCUACUUCGGCGAAGAGACCCUGUCUUAAAACUGAAGCCUGUGUCUUCUGCGCUGUACUUUUUACACACGCUGCCAUAAAGGUUUUGUGUGCCCCACACGCCUUGAACUCACUGCAGACCAUCAUUUGCCAUGAAUCUGAUGCUUUUAUUUAAAUCUAGAGUCAGUAAUUUCCUGCUGAAGCCCUUCAAAAGUGACACUCUGAUGAGUAAAGUAUUUAAUGGAUGUAAUAAAACACUGAGCUACACAUACAGUAUGAUGGCCAUACAGAAAGAGGUCAUUUCACAAUAAAGCAUGGAGUAUAGUUUUUUAUGUGUACGCGAAGCAUAGUUUAUUUGAAUCAAACGCGUACACAGAUGUUCAACGCAUGCGGUUUGUGACAAAUUGCAAUGCCUUUCCUGGCCUACAUACUACAUACCCGCAUGCCCGAUUAGUGCAUACGAAGUAUAAAAAGUUACAAAAAUCCCUGACCCUCGCGUAUGCUUAAAAACAGAACUAUACUUCAUGUUUUUCUGCUGAAAAGUUCAUUGUUCUCCGCAGUGUGCCACUCAAAGUAACACAUAAACUGUACACUAUGUUUUUGUCAGUUUUGAAAUGCAAAAACCAAAUGUUAAGAACCAAUGAUUGUAUCGGAAAUGUAACGCUAUGAACGUGCAUGCUGGAAAAUUAAAGUGCUCAACGUUGGGAUCACAUGAUGGUCUGUUAGCCAGCGAUUGAUUGGAGGGUACUAGAAAGAGGUGAUGCACAGACCGGUCACGUGACCACCUCGCCAUUUUCAUUUGAAAUAGCCGUGUUGACAUAAACUCAUGUUGUGAGUGUGUUUACCUAUAUACUGGAGGGUAAUGUUACAGAAGUGCCCUCUUUAGCGUGUUUGAUUUUGUGUGUGUGUGUGUUUUAUUAUAUUACUGGAUUGUCUUGUUGCUAGGAUGUGAAAAUUGUGGAUGCAAUGCAACAGGACCCAUAAUAAUGAUUGGGUCAGGACAGUAGCCAAUCACAUCUCUCUUUGCGUACACAUCCUGGUCACCCUGAUUGUUAGCUUGUGAACUUCUCUGAAAAUAGACCAAACAUCUAUUGCAUGGUUAUGCGUAUGAUAUUAUUGUGUAUCACUAGAAAAUGAGAAACUGUUAUGUGCAAUAUUUUAUGUAUGUGUGACGGUCUGGUUUUUAUGAUUUUCAAUUUUUUUUAUCUGAUGCCAGUUGCAGCUAGGUUGUGAAGCCACGUGACAUCAGGCACAGGUCCUUUAUUUUCGUGCUGCUGCAGUCCUGGUGUUUUAUACACUCAAUCAAAAUGAAGCUCCUAUGGCAACAAAGUAUAUACUGUACAGAUGAUCUUCCAUUGUUUAGCACAACUGAGGCACCUAUCUGACACAUGCAAAAUAAGUGUUCUCAUUUGUGCAACAAAGAAACUUGUUAUUAUGAACAACUGCUAUUGACUGCAAGGGGUUCUUAAAUUUCUAUAUGGUUGUUUGGAGAUUAUUAGGCAUGGUUCUUCAAAUGUGAAUAUCAUGGAAACUGAAAAGUGGCUUCAGGCUGUAAAGUUUUGUAGUGAAAACAUGUUCACAAUACAAUCCAAAUAUUAAAACAGCAUUUCAUGACGGGUUUCUUUUAGUUUCAAAUAAAUGUAUUUAUUUCCGUUAUUUUUUUUAUCACUUUUAUAUAUUAUCUUAAAUGCAUAUUUCAUGGUUCAUGCGUUUCAGUUUCUUUUCACUUGUUUAGCAUGUUUUCUUAAAGCAUGUUUGGCCUCAGUUGUGCUCUCCUGAACUUAUGUCUGUUUGCCCUUAAGGGGCAGAGUCCCCUAACAUGAGCUUUAUUGUAUAGCUCCUGCCAAAUACCUGUUUCCUAAUGCACACUUCAUAAUACUAUUUCAGACUUCAUGAGUGAUGUGGGUUUUUAUUUUUGUGCGGGGGGUGCUUGCUUUUAAAAUGACUUUACUUUGGAAACACAUUGACAAGUUCCAGCUAAAUAAAUAUAAACACACCUAAAAAAGUACCUCGUUGGUAAAACGUGAAUACAGUAUUUGUACAUACAGAGGUACAGUGCAUAUAAAUAUAAGUUAUAUUAGUGUUUUAUGUCACUGUAAGUAUCAUAGAUGUGUAUGUAUUUGUUUUUUUAUUGUAUUGUGCAGCUUCAUUUGUACAGUCGUAAGAUAUUAUUUUUCUUUUUUUUUGACAUCUGCGAUGCAUCACUGUCAUGUCAUUUUACACAUUUUACUGUGUGCCAAAUGUACUGUACUUAAAGGAUGUGAAUGUGCAUUGUUUGGCUUGUUACCUAUUAAAUAAGAUGGCUAUAAAGUAGUCAACAUGUUCAAGCACUCGACUUUUUUUUUAAGAAUCUAAAAACAUAUUCUGUACUUAUAAUUGUACAAAAUGGUAUAAGAAUAUCGCAGUAGUGGUUGAUUGCCAUGUAAUUAUUUAUUUAUAAUGUAAUAAUUAUUAUUUAUAUAAGAGAUAAUGUACAGUCAACCAGUCAUUAUUGAAAAAUAAACCCUGACAGGAUGAUUGGGAUCAUACAGGGCUUUGUAUCAUCCGUAAGGGUUUAAUUUAAAGUCGUGAACAGAUAAUAUACAUUAUUCAUGCAAACUACAUGGCUACAAAAUAAAUAAAUAAAUUGAUGUGAAAUAUU